AUGCCACCUCAGAAACAGCCUGCUAUGAAUACCGUUAAGUCGGCUCAGGUAAAUAAUUUCACCUAGGAUAUCAUCAGGGAAGUUUUGAAUAGUUUGGUGAUGUUCUCAUGAAUCUUCCAUCACUGAUGAAUCUUUAUAUCUUUCAACCACUGUCACUGCACGUAGUGAAUGAGGCUAGGUUCUUCUAUAAAACAGUGACUUAUUGUUUUAAUAUAUAUACUUACCCUAAUAUAUAGACAUCCACAUGCUGGGUGGCCGAGCGGUCUAUACGGUCUCAAACCAAACAGCUGGUGGUCUGGAGUUCAAUCCCCACCAAAAAAAGCAAAUCAUCCCAAGCACCCCUGGUGGAUGGGACUCGCUAGCCUUGGACGGCAACCCAUCUAAGAGAAGGCAAACUCUGAAUUUAAACCAGGAGCCAGAAUGAUCAACAAAUUGAUCGUGGGCACCUCAAAUAUAAGAAGAAGAAGACAUGAAUCCAAUGUAAUGAGUGAAAGAUAUGUCCACAUAAAUCCAAUGUAAUGAGUCAAAAAUAGAUCAACACAAAAAUCUACACAAAAUUAAACUUCGACCAUCUUGAUUAUCAUCCUUCUCACCACUCUAAAAAUAUUUCUACUGACCUACUUGUCUAAUCGUCAACUGACCAGAAUGUAGCCGUCUGAUUGGUCAGUAUCUCCCACCGUGCUAGCGCGGGCUCUGAUUUGCUUCCACCAUAGUAAUCUUUUAUCAGGGGUUUUCACAUUCCACAAUUAAUAUCAGUGACGCCCACAAAAAUGGAUCGAUGGUGGUUAGGGUUCUCAUCCCCAUGAGGUCAGAUCCUCUCAUUUUUAUGAUUUGUUUCUCAGGGAUCAAACUGUUUAAUAAAACUUACAUUCACUAUAGCAACAGCAUUCUAUUAUACAUUAAUCCUUCAGAAUAAGAAAGCUGUCUAGGGAGUUGUGAAUGGUGUACAAAAGUGGUUACAAGCCCUGGUGAUCAUACAACAGGCCUUGUGUGCCUUCCAACAAAUCUUUUCUAUAAAACUGUAAUCUAAAAUUCUGCAAUGUGUGAUAGAAUAUCUAAUGUAAAAUAUUGGUUUAGGUUAAUUGAUAAGUUGUAAUCUUGAUUGUAUCUUUCUAGAUUGUAAGGUUUGAACAGCAUGUGUUUGAAUAUGAAAAUGAUCCUCGCUACGUUCCACGAACAUUUACAUUUGAUGAAGGUGAAAUGGGGGACGAUAGAAGAAGUAACACUCUUGUGGCCAAUGAAAAUGAACUUAGAGAAAAUGGUGAUGGCUCAGAGGAGGAGGAGGUAGAGGAUGAUGACGAAUACAGUGAAGAGGAUGAGCAGAACAUUACUGCCAAAGAGGUAAUGGAACAAGUGUUGCAUGUGUUAUGGGGCUUCCGUCUGCUCUAGGACAUAUACAGCCAGGGGAAAAACUCAUAGUACAAGGGGAUUAUCACGAUACUAUUGUAUAGGUUUAUUUGUGUAUUAUAUCAGGGUACAAAUGGGUAGGUUAGUUGAAAACAGGUUAUGGUGUUAAAGUAGCAUUUUUAUGGAACAGGAUCCUGCUUUUUAGCACAGGCCUUGUCCCUUCUUUGUGGUCAGCUUUUCAACAGUAAAAUUUUGUAUAUUUUUUAAGUUAUCUUUUUUUGACAAACUUUAACGCUUUGGCUAUUAUUACUCUUUAUUAAAUGAUUUAGGCUAUGUUUAUCCAAGUAAGUUAUCCAAAAAUUAACAUUUUGCUAUUUCAGGUCAGUAGAUCUUCUCCUGAUGACAGGCCCAUCAGGGGGGCAGGUGAUUCCAAGUCAUUUGAGCAGCUGUUGGAAGAAAAGCUAAAUCAGGAAGAGGCCAAGGUUAUUCAUGUUUGUGUCAUCUUAUAAUUAGCAUCAGCGUAGUAGAUUUGGAAAAAAAUAUUAGAUUUAGAAAUUUCAAUUCAGUGCUUAGUUCGGUUUUCACCCACCUUGCUAGACCAGUUGUGCACGUAUAGGGGCACUAAAUAACUGUUAGAGCUUUUGGCCACAGUUAAUUUGCUACAUGCUAGUAAACAAUGAAAAGGUUGUCACUGAUCCUACAAAGAGCUCUAAUUCAUUGAUAAUGACAUGUCAAGGCUAAGUCUAUCAUUUCUCAACAACAGACCAGAUUUGAAAGUCAUGGCACAUUACAUGGGGAGAGAAGUAAAACAUUCUUGAAGAAAGGUGAGGGCACCUCAAGGUUUCAGUCAGCUCCCAAAAAGCCAGUGAAGCCACCAGCCAACCCAUCAAAACGAAAGACAAAUCACUUUCAGCAGAACGGGCCCAGCGUAAACUCUUCGAAAGCCAGAGGUCAUUCCGGGAGCCAGCCGCAGCCUCUGUCUGACGGGGAGGAAGGAAACAAGCGGCCAUCUGUAGGAUCCAGGUUGAAG